AUGGCGGACUGGCCAGUCAAAGAUGAAGCCCCUACAUGGCCAAUUUUUGCACAAACCACAGUAAUGGGGGAUUCUCAGCCACAGGAGCCAAAGGAUGAUGGAGGAGGUACUGGAAAAAGUCCAGGGGGCUCAAAGCUUGAUUCUUUGCCUAAAGAAGAUUUAUUAAAAUUUGUUAAAAAACAGAUGAUAAUAUUACAAAAAACCAGGUUAAAAUGUGAAGAAUUGACUAAAAAGAUCACCGAGGUUGAAUCUGCAAAGAAAGAUACAAAAUCAGAAGAUGACUCAUCUAAGAGAAUUAAGGAAUUAGAAGAAGAAUUAAAAGACAGUGAAGAAGGUAGACAAGAAGCAUUAGAAGCUUACAAUGCUGUCCAACAAUCACAAGAAUCAGCUGCUGUACAACUUCAGAAAUUACAAGAAGAAAUUGAAAAUGUUAAGAAAGAAAAAGAACUGAUAUGUGAUAAGUUUGUUAAAUUUGAGAAAAAGAAUAAAGAAUUUCUAGAAGAAAUAGAAUGUUUACAAAUGAAAAAUGAAACUUUAACAUCCACAUUACAAUGUAUGCAAGAAGAACAACAGUCUUUUUCAAAAUCUAAUAAGAAAUUGGAAGAAGAAGUAAAGACAUUAACAGAAGAAAGGAAUAAUCUAGCUGAUCAAAUAGAUAGUCAACAUGAUAGCCAGAUACAGUCUGAUCAACAACUAGAAUAUGAUACAAAAAUAUCUCAACUAACACAACAAUUACAGGAGUAUGAAAAGAAACAGAUGUCAGAAACAGAAGAAAAAACUAAAGUAGCAGAAGAUAAAAAUAUUCUAGAGCAGGAAAAUGUAGAUUUGAAAGAAAAAUUACAGAAAUUGGAAUCAGAAGUGGUUUCUCUACAAGAGGUUUUAGAAGAUAAAGAUAAGAAAUUAUAUAAAUUAUCUGAAAAUGAAUCUCAAAUGAAGGAACUGUCUGAAAAGUUGGACAGUUUGAAUUCAGAAUUGACAAGCAAAGAGGAAGUUAUCAAGGAAAUGUCGGGUGAAAAAUAUGAAGCGCAAAUACAAAUAUCUGAAUUUCAAGCCAAGUGCCUUAACUAUGAAUCUGAAUUAGAAAGAUUGGAAUCAGUGGUCAGUGAGAAAGAUGAAUAUAUUAAUAAUUUGAAACAGACAAAUUCUGAGGCGUCAGAUCUGAAUGCUAAAAUUGAAAGUCUGCAAACAGAACUUACAACUACUAAAGACAAUUUAUUGACUAUGACUAAAGAUGAUGAAGAAUUGGUUUCCAUAAAGAAUGUUCUGGAGGAAGAAUUACAGCAACUGAAAGAAGAGCUGGAGGUUUUGAAAAAGUCAGUCCAAGAAAAAGAUGAUCACAUUUCUGAUUUGACAAACAAGAUAGAAGAAGAUAAGUCUAUAAGUGCAGAAAAUUUUACCAAAACUGAAGAAGACAGUUCAAAUGUGAUGAAAUUGGAGUCUGAGUUGGAAAGGUUACGAGAAGAAUGUGCUGACGUGACACAAAGGAGUUCCAAGCAGAAUGAAAUGAAUUUGAGUUUGAUAAAGCAGGUUGAACAAAUGGCUACAGAGUUGUCAGAAAACAAGUCACAAACUGUAGCUGUACAGAUUCAAUUUCAAGAACUCUUUGAAGAGACCGAAAAGCAAGAACAGAUCAUUCAAGAUAUUGGUUCUGAAAAAUCUGCUAUAGAGAUGAAAUUGCAGGAAAUGUUUGAAGAAAUUGAGCACAGGAAAGAAACAGAGCAAAAAUUACGAGAAAAUAUCUCAGAGCUGAAAUCAGUUGGUGAUGUCAUAUUGCAAAAGAUGGAGGAUGGCCCAGAUGUCAGUGCCAAAAAUACUCAAACAGAAAUAUCACUGGAACAUUGUGAGUCUCAAACUGAACAGGUACUGGAAAAUCCACCAUCUGCAUCAGAAGCUGCUGAAAAUGAUACUCAAGAAAAGGUUGUAGAAGAAUCAAUGGAGAGAUCAAAUGCUGUUGGUCUACAAGCUGGAAUGAAUGAAGAAAAUGUAACCAAUUCUGCUUCAGACAACAAAAAUUAUGAAGCAGAAGUGAAAGAAUUGCUAACUGAAAGAGAAGAAAUGGAACAAGAACUACUAGCUACCAAACAAAGACUAGCAGAAUGGGAUGAUCUGAUGCACAUGAUGAAAGAUGAGAAGGAACAGCUGGCAGAAGAAUUAGAAGAAGUUGAAAUCCGUGAACAAAACUGUAAGAAGGAAAUGGAGUUCCUCAUGUUGUCACUACAAGAAGCUCUGAGUGAAAGAGACAGUUUAAAAGAUGAAGUGUUUAAAAUGCAAGAUGGUGAUGACAGUGUGGUUCAUGAUAUGAAAACUGCUGUAAAAGAAAUCAUUGAGGAUAGAAACAGACUGCAGUCGGAACUUGAUGCUGCUUACAUGAAUAAAGGAGAUGAAGCUGUCAGGAUUGAAGGCUUCAGAAGGGAAAAGGAGGAAGCCAUUGCUGAGAAGGAAACCCUUGAAAGAGAAAAGGAAUCUUUAACUGUCAUAAAUGAAUUAGCUGUUGAGAAAGAAAAACAGCUGCAGCAACAGAUUGAAGAUCUUCAGUUCCAAUUUGAGGAAGAUGAAGUAAAAAUAUCAUGUCUUGAAAAGGAGCUCCUAGAGGCUAAGGAAGAAAUUUCUUCAAAAGAGAAUGAAAUAUUGCAGCUGAAUUCUAAGAUUGAAGGAAUGGAAAGUUCUGUAACAGAAUUGGAUAGUAAAUAUUCAGAAGCUGUUCAAGCUUUGGCUGAAAAGGAGGAAACAUUAAAAGAAUUGGCCUUAAACUCCUCUGAAAAAGAAAGUAAUCUUGUUCAAAUUCUGGAAGAAGGAAAGUUGCAAUUGGAGAAUGAAUUGAAGAGCUCUGAAAACAUGAUAAUGGAUCUUAAAGACAAAUGCAAUGAGAAGGACAAAACAUUAGAAAAACUUAAUAAUGAAAUUCAAGAAUUAAGAGAAAAACUUUCAGAAUCUGAUGAAAAGAAUGGUAUAGAUUCAAAUAGAAUUCAAGAUCUUAGUGAUAAAGUUGUGGAACUAGAAGAAUCACUCCAGUCUUUGAAUGAAGAGAAACAACAACUUUCUAUUCAACUACAUGAAAUCCAAACAAAAACUACUGAACAAACACAACAAGCCAGUCAAUCUAUGAAUAGUGAAGUGGAAAAUUUCAAAGUAAUCCUGAAAGAAAAAGAAGAAUUAUGUGUCAAAUUGAAACAACUUGCUAUCAAGUCUAAAAAAGAAACUACUGAUACCAAAGCAAAGCUGACCUCGAUGAAUGAAGAAUUUUCUAAUUUACAAAAAGUGAAAUUAGAAUUAGAAGAAAAGAUCUCACAGUUACAAACUCAGGUAGAAGAAACUAAUCAGAACCAGGAAGCAAGUCAGUGUAAUGUUGAUGCAGAAAUGAAGAGGAUGGUAGACAAAGUGAAUCAGUCUGAAGUUGACAUGAUGAAAAUGUUAGAUCAGUUAACAGAGUCCAGACAACAGUUAGCAGAAGUGAAAAUAGAAAAUGAAAAUUUACAUAAAGAAGUGGAAGCACUAUCAUCUGAUCUAAAGAGUAAAGUAAGUGCCAUUGAAGAAAGCUCAAACAAAAUAAAAGAACUAAAAGCUACAGAAUCAGCAUUAAGCAUUCAAUUAACUGAAGUAAAGAAAGAAAAACAACAGGUUGAGAAUAAACUGGUGGAAGAAAAAACAAUUCAUGAAAAGAAGGUAGUUGCCAUGGAAACAGAAAUAAAAGAAUUGAAAGAUAAUCUUGCAUCAGCUAAUAAGAAUGCUAGUCACAGUAAUAUGAUGGAUUUAGAAAUAGCUGACUAUGAGAGAACAGUUCAGACCUUAAAUAGUAAAGUUGAAGAGAAAGAUAGUAAGAUAGUAGAACUCACAAAUGAAAUAGAGAGAUUAGAAGAACGAAUUAAAACAUUCCAAGAACAAAUUGAAAGUGUGGAUGAACAGAGGCUACAAUCAGAUGACAGAGGAAAUAAAUUAAAACAGUUAUUAGUUAAAACUAAAAAAGAGUUAGCUGAUGCAAAGAAACUUGAAUCUGAACAGAGGUCAUUUGAUGCCCAGUUAAAAGGUCAAAUGGAACAUGUUAAUCAGGUUGUUGAAGAUCAGAAGGUAAAGUAA